AUGCGGCGGUGCCGGGGCGCAGGGCUGGCGGGGCUGGCCGCGGUGCUCCUGGUGGCUGUGGGCAGAGCCCAGGUGCAGCAGGAGCCGUCGGCAGAGACCACCGAGGGCACCGGCAUCAACAUCACUUGCUCACACCCCAACAUACAGACAGGAGACCUCAUCUACUGGUACCGUCAGCUCCCGGGCCGAGGCCCCGCAUUCCUCACGUUGGGCAGCAAAGGGACCAAAGAGGUGCCGGACCCGCCGGGGCGGCUGUGGGUGGCGGCAGACCGCCGGUCCAGCGCCCUGUGGCUCGCCCGGCCCCGGCGCGGGGACGCGGCGGUGUAUUACUGCGCCCUGAGAGACACGGGGAGAGGAGCCGGGGCUGCGGCCGGGCACGAACCACGAAGCAGGAAGGGCGGCGGGCGGGGCCGGGCACAGAAAUCCCCCGGCACGGUGCCGGCAGCGGGGCAGGAAUCGCGGCCGGAGCGGUGGCGGUGUCCGGCGGUGCCCGGGCAGGAGCGAUUGCAGCCGCCGGCCCCGCUGGCUCCCGUAGAGGAGCAGCGCCUUGCUGCUGUGCAGGGGGAGGCGGGCAGCAGAGAUCCUCCUGCCCACGGGCAGCCGGACAGCCCUCGGUCCUGCCGCAGGGACCGGCCACUGCUGACAGGGAACACGCAGGGCCUCUCUCGCCCUUCUGACGUGCCCCACUAG